AUGUCGAAGCAGUUUCAGUUCAAACUCGUUCUUCUAGGCGAGUCCGCCGUAGGCAAAUCCAGCUUGGUCCUAAGGUUCGUGAAAGACCAGUUUGACGACUACCGGGAAAGUACGAUUGGUGCGGCGUUCUUGACACAGACAGUUACCCUAGAGGACCAGACAACUGUCAAGUUUGAAAUAUGGGAUACAGCGGGUCAAGAGCGAUACAAGGCACGUAUUCAAUAUAUAUCGUGCAUCGUGAAAUUAACAGUGCCUUUUAGUCUCUCGGCUCAGGCUCCAAUGUACUAUCGCAACGCAAAUUGUGCAGUUGUCGUGUAUGAUAUCACCCAAUCUGCCUCCUUGGAGAAGGCGAAGACAUGGAUUCGAGAACUACAACGCCAGGCAGACCCAUCGAUAGUAAUAGCCCUGUGCGGCAACAAACUGGAUCUCUCUGCACGGAGACAAGUCACCGAAGAGGAAGCUAGUAAAUAUGCUGACGAAGAAGGUCUUCUGUGGAGCGAGACUAGUGCGAAGACAGGAGACGGCGUAAAUGCUAUCUUCAAUGCUAUUGCCAAGAAGCUUCCAUUGAUUGCACCACCCUCGGCCCGUGGUGCUCGUGUCGCGGCACCCGGUACCACGCGGCAAAGUGUAGACCUUAACAGGCGACCAACAGCUCAGGAUGGCGAAGCUUGCAAUUGCUAG